CGGGGCCCCAAGGGUCUCAUUGCUCGUUCCGGGGCCCCCUGCGUCCGUGUGUCAUUACAGUAGCAGUACAGUUGCCGGUACUGUAGCUACACACGCACGCGCGCGCAUUAUCCUACUUGUGUAGUUGACCCGUGUCACAUUGAGCCCGACAAACAGCGGCGCUGCCCCACCCCCCGUGUGCUAAGUUGCCGCACAGGGCGCGCCGCUUUCGCUGCCCAGAGCCACGGCAGCCGCUGAGGAGGAAGCUAAAGCCGCCGCCGCCUGAGCUGUCGAGGAGAGUAAACCACAGCAUGACGCUGAGGACACAAGUGCUGAAGACGCGUUUAAAGUAACAGCCACAAUGGACCCCAACACAAGGAAGUUCGUGAGCAUUAACAUCUCGACGAAGCAAGAAGUGAUCUCUCCGCACAUACGAACGACGGAGGAGCUGUACGUGCUGGGUUUGAACCUGGGGAAAUUUUCACGCAGCGUGCAGUUCCUCAUCUGCUUGGGAGGGGUCUUCGUCUUCUACCUCAUCUAUGGUUACCUUCAGGAGCUCAUCUUCUCUGUGGAGGGCUUCAAGCCCUUCGGCUGGUACCUGACCCUUGUGCAGUUUGCUUACUACUCGCUGUUUGGUCUUGUCGAGCUGAAAAUAAAAAGCAAUAAACAGAGGAGGAUUCCUCUACGGACCUAUUUCAUGAUUGCCUUUUUGACUGUUGCGACAAUGGGACUGUCAAACACAUCUCUUGGUUACCUGAAUUACCCAACACAAGUGAUAUUUAAGUGCUGUAAACUUGUUCCAGUCAUGAUAGGAGGUGUGCUUAUCCAAGGGAAGAGGUACACCCUGGUGGAUGUGUGUGCGGUGAUCUGUAUGAGCCUGGGCCUCAUAUGGUUCACCCUCGCGGACAGCAAAGUCGUCCCCAACUUCAACAUAACGGGCGUUGCAUUGAUACUGCUUGCACUCUGUGCCGACGCAGCAAUUGGCAAUGUGCAAGAGAAAGCCAUGAAAGAAUUUAGCAGCUCCAACUCGGAAAUGGUACUCUACUCCUAUUCCAUCGGAUUUGUGUAUCUGUUUUUUGGAAUCGGACUGUCAGGAAGCUUCAGUACAGCCUUUACAUUUUGUUACCAGCAUCCGUUUCAGACAUAUGGCUACGCGCUGAUCUUCUCUAUCAGUGGGUACUUGGGAAUUUCAUUCGUACUGGCUUUGAUUAAACUCUUUGGAGCACUUGUUGCGGUCACAGUUACAACUGGGAGAAAGGCCAUGACAAUUGUGCUGUCCUUCAUGUUUUUCUCAAAACCCUUCACUAUACACUACGUAUUCGCGGGAGCAGUGGUAGUGUUGGGGAUUUUCCUAAAUUUCUACAGCAAAAAUUCGGACAAGAUCAACUGUGCCAUGUUCUACAACCUGUGGACUUUCCUGACGAAGAAACGCACGAGCUUUUCUCACACCGUGUGACGUGUAAAAAAUACAUGGGGGUAUACAAUGACGACGGUGCCGUUAUAUUUUUAAAUGAUUUUACUCGUCUUAUUCGGUGGAACAAUGGCCAUUACGCCAACGGUGUUUGAAUAUAUUUGUUUGUAUCUUAAUUUUAUAGUCAUCUCAGUUUUCACUCGUACACGUCCUCUCCCCCCUAAUUCAGCGAAUCCCUUCUCAUCCGCUGUCUCAUUUAAAAUGAGUUGCCGUAAAAUCUCAGCUGCUUUGUGGCCCGUUCUGCAUCCCGCCCCCCCUCGUCCAACGCUGCACAUUCAAUGUUGGCAAUUGGAGGGGUGUAAAACCCCCAACUGGCAGGAUGCAGUCAGAAGUCGGCUGUAAGUCAAGCUGCGCCGCUCUGCUCAAUUCAUCUGAUGCAGUCGGCAAUGGACAAUUCAAUUUAUGACUGGAGAGACAUGUUGACACUUCCAAAUAGGCCCUGUCUGUUGAUUUAUUGUCAUUAUGUAUGCGUCUGUCAACGAUAUGUGGAGGCAUCAUGUAUGUUGCGGCCGUCUGAGAAAAUCUUUUAAGGGAAAAUAUUUAAGGAGUAAAAACUUGAUUUAACGUGUCUUUUUGUAAAACGUCCCUCGACGGUGAUUAAAGUAAUUUGGCUAAAA